UUGAAGGCAGGAGUUGAUGGAAGGUAAUCCCUUGAUGUGAGGAGGCGUCCCGGGGUUUGGAGGCGGGGUAUUUUUCAUUCAAAUCCUUGGCUAGGCCUAUAAAAAGAGAACUUAAACACAGACUAUCAGAGCAGAUGAGAAGAGUGACCGACCGGAGUUUAAACCUGGUCCGAUGAAGAGAGACUUUGGCAGCGAUGCAACAAUCAGCCGGUGUGCACACAAUCAACGCGCUGAAAAAUGCAGCUGCCUGCCUGAUGCUGCUGCCUCGCUUUCUCGUGGCAGUCCUGAUGCUGUGGCUGCUGGAUUUCCUUUGCAUAAGGAAGAAGGUCUUGCAGAAAAUGAGGGAACAAGAAGCGAGCCCCGAUGACCCACCUCUCUGCGUGUCCGAUUCCAAUCGCAUGUUUACCUGGGAGUCGCUGAAAGCUGUAUGGCACGGCCAGAAACUGGACUUUUUCAAAACGGCUCACGUGGGCUACCUCGCCCCGAACACUGAAGUUGUGCAGCUCGGGGGGGAGCGGAAGCGGCGCAUUCUGGACUACGCCAAGGGGAAAAGACCCCUCAUCCUGAACUUCGGGAGUUGUACCUGACCCCCGUUUAUGACUCGGCUGAAGGCGUUCCAGCGAGUUGUCAGCCAAUACGCUGACAUCGCGGACUCUCUCCUGGUGUACAUUGAAGAAGCGCACCCCUCGGACGGCUGGGUGAGUUCCGACGCCCCUUUCCAAAUCCCCAAGCACAGGUGUCUGCAGGACAGACUGGAAGCCGCCCGGGUGAUGAACCAGCAGGUCCCCGAAUGCCUUGUUGUAGCAGACACUAUGGACAAUCCAUCUAAUAAUGCGUACGGAGCAUACUUCGAGAGACUGUACAUACUACAGGACGAGAGCAUUGUCUACCAGGGAGGCAGGGGGCCAGAAGGUUACAGGAUAUCGGAACUGAGGGAAUGGCUGGCUCACUACAGAAACAGCCUCCAGGACUCCACAGCUGUCGUUAUCCACGUGUAAUGAUGGUGCUUAUUAUUGAACCGCUCGUUUAUAACGAUGUGUAUGUGGUCUUCUUAACAGCACAAUGAAGCAGACAGAAUCAUUUCAAGUGUUAACGCUGAUGUGAACCAUCGCGUCCCUGCAAUGUGCGUGCUGUUGUUGUUGCAGUAAACAAGUAUUAUAUUUCUCUGGACUCUGGAGAAACGCGUUGGGGUUGGGUAUGUAGUUUGUGUUGAUAAUGAUGUCCGUUGCAUGUAAUAAUUGAAGAAUGCUCGGCGUUUUAUUCCAGCCUCACCGCAGUACUUUCAAUAGUGUUAUUGGUUCGUUGUACAUUUUGUAAAUGUGGAGUUAUAAACUAUGCCAUGGUUAUGUUUCUAUUCUGUUUUCAUGCUGUUCAGAAGCGUGUUUGCCUAAAUAGGAGCGCUGGCCCUGCUUGGUGUUCCAGUAUUCUUGUGAAGCUCGGUUUUGAAAUGGUUUUACACCAGAAACCCGGUGCUGAUGUAUUCUGAUACUGGAACACUCUGUGACAAGGGAUUGCCCAGAUGAUCAACAAAACAAAACAAACAAAAAAAAAAGUCGAGUUUAUAUGUUUUGUAAAUUAUACAUCGUUUUUUUUU